AGGCUAGUUGCUUGAUCCAAUGAUCAAGCUGAAAUUUUCAUAAUCGUAACUAGUGUGACUCAUGCCUUUGUCGUUACACGAGAGUCACAUUUUUGUGCUGCUAGAGCGUUUUUUUUGUCGGCAGAUUCUUUUGAAACUGCGCGGCCUUCGGUGAAAUUUCGUUUCAUAUUUGUCCGAUCCAUCAAUUUUUUGUUUUUGUAAAUAGCCUCCAUUUUACUUAGGUGAGUUUGUAAGAUGAUGUUGUUGAUGUGGUAGUAGCGUUCGCUAGACUUAUUUGUGGAUAUUUCUUUCGACAGCCGCUCUGUACGCGUGUAAAUAACUUUUUCUCUUGCGGAGAGAAGAGCAGCCAAUCAUGAUGUCUGCAGGGGCGACUAGAACUGCAACCAAGUUGCUUGUCUUUUUCCUGUGCGGCUGUGGCUCGCAAGUUGAUCAGGUCAGCGGGAGAAUGAUUUUGGACGGUGCGUUGCAAGACGUGGACAUGACCGGGACGACGAGCCAAGAUCUGGUAGUAGCACCAGUCAUCGAUGGUGUUUAUCACCGUGACUCGUCUCGAAGAGGUAGAGGUGUCCACCGAGCAGGCCGGCUCUCAGAAUCUUCAGACGCGACAGCGCGUGGAUUGGAGCAGGAUGCUGGUGCGUCGGCUUUCGGCCGCGGCAGUACGGAUGCUUGUGAUCCUGCUCCUGCUGACGAAGAGAAAAUGGUAGAUCAUGAUGUCGACCAGCCGCAAGACCGAAGGCGGCCGUUCGUACACUCCUCUUCCUCCCAGUAUUUUCGCCGAGAGCGACUACCAAGUGAAGAGAAGUACUCCCAACAAGCACUUGAUGACACUUGCAGCAUCGCGGGCCAGUACAAACCGCUGGGCGGCACCACUUGUGAAGACCUGGCAACGACGAAGGUUCCAGACUUUCUCUUGUUGAGCGAACCACAACAAGCAUCAAGUCCGUCGAGCGGUAGAAGCGCUAGCGAGACGGGUGAAGCGAGUGCACCCUGUUGCAGGAGGAUGGUCAACCCGCUACUUGGCUGCGUCGGACACCAGCUCAGUGAUGUAUCCGCCCGCGAAGAAUGUAUUCAUUCGCUGGUCAAAACGCAUCAAGUCCCGCCUCCCAAUUCUUACCGGCUCGUUGCGCUGGGGAAUGCCCUGAUCACCGACCUUGUCCCCUCCGUUCUUUAUGGUGCCGCAGCAGCCGGAGCGGCUUCCUACGUCGCGGAUCAAGCAAUUACUCGCUUUGAAAAAGUCCAACCGUACUUAGCAAGCACGGUGGGGUUUCUGGCGACUCAAACUACUUCGGGGAGAAGUCUCAGACAGGUAUGUACUGAUUGAAGCAUUGUAUUGAUGAAAUCGAUCCAGCAAUAGAACCGACAUCUAUGUUUUUUUCGAUGAGAACGCGUGCAAGUACUUCCAAUGACCCACACGGCGGCGCUCUUUGUUGAUCUCACAGUAAAAAUAAUACACAUUCUUCAGUUCGCAAUGUUGGCCGGAGGAGCGGUCGCAACAGCUUUCGUGAUCUCUCCUCUCUGUCGCGCGUGUGUUCCCGCUCUUGCGAAGUACUUCGGCGCGGCGGGCGCUGCAGAGGUUGGUAAAUGGGUCAUGGGGGGUGGAGCCCUUGCGACGGAGGCCUUUUCCCAGUUUUUCGGAAAUGUUCAGGACGACAUGACCGCCAAGAGAGCGGAAGCAACAACGAACGAGCUCUCCGAGGCGCUGGUCAAAUUUUUGAGGAGUUUGGAGCCCACGCUUCUGAAAGCCGCUGGCGUGGCGGCCGGCGCGAAGCAUCUGUGGCGCAGCCCUGGCACCGCGUUCUCUCGGACUUGCGCCGCGUGGCACAACGUCGUAAGCCCGCCGGAAGUUCUCCGACAAACGUGGUCCGUGACAAGACAAAAAGAGCGGAGACAUCGAGAAUUAUUGAAGAUGGGAAAGAAUGAUCCUCCCUCCAGUAGAACUACAACGCGUGGUGCGUCGUGCGCGUCUUCGGGGUCGUUCGCUGCUCGCAUCGCGCGCGGUUGCGCCCGGCGUCGCCGCAGCAAGAAACAGGUGGACGCAUCCGACGUUGCGGACGAGCUAAUCGAACAGAUGAGCAACAUGACCGUUUCCGCCCCCACUGUCGUGCCAGGCACACAACAGCAACCUCCGGCGCCGCAAGAAGUCGCUGAUGCAGCGGAAGAGUCUCUGGUGCCGAUGAAAGAGCAGGCCCCUGCUUCGCGAAAUGAACCUGCCUUGGUGGAGGCAAAAACAGUGGAAAGCAGAGACAUGGUUAACAGUGCAAGAGGUCGACUAGGCGGGAACGCGCAGAGACGCGGCCCCAGCCCUGACUCCGGUUCCACUACGGCCGGGGACGAACUGUCGGAUGGUGCAUCGAUUGGUACCUCGCCAUCGCGCAGUGUCAGCCCGAUGCCGCGACGUGCGGGGGAUGGAGAGGAGGCGCGGCAGCUGCAUCUGCGGCCACUGUCGGGCGUACGCGAAGCUACAGGGAGGUCCUCUGGGUCGCCUCUCGGAGCGGGUGUCCUGACGCCAAACUUCGGCGCGAUCGCCAGUGGGAUGGAAAGCCCGGGGCAAAACGUUGGUUCGUCGCCGUUCUCUUUUGGAAGAGAACCAAUCGACGUUCAAAGCCGUGUGCUGGAACAGGGGGGUGGUAGCAUUCCUGCCGACGCAGAGGCAGACACGGAAAUGCGCGAUCGUGAAGUAGAAGACCCGCCGCGCGCCGACCCUGAUGAAUCUCCGCUGCGCCAAAUAUUAGAACCCUCCAGCACAACUGGCACGGUUUCGGUGAACACGGAGGACGCGCCGAUGGUUGGCCCAGAGGACCCCGCGGAUCUUGCUGAUGGUGAAGACAACGCGUUGGAUGGUGAAAUCGAGCAGCGGGAGCAGCAGUCGCCGCAGUCGCACGCCGUCAGCGGGGACCUGCUUCGUCGGACACCUCCCAGCAUGGAUGACGAUAAUGCACCAGUUAGUCGCCCUCGCGCAUGGAGGGAAGUAGAUCACCAGGACGAAAGCGACAGCGAAGUAGAGGAUCAUCCGGGGUCCUCGAAUUCUGAAACAGAGGACGAGGAGAUCGAAGAGGAUUUUUCGGCCUCGUCAAACGGAUCUCCUGCAACAGACGAUGAAGACGAGGACAACCACAACCACAACUUCAACCUUGCGUUUUUGCCCGAGGUGGAGCGGGCGGCACUGAAAAUCGCGGGUUUCGUGUCGCUUUCAACGCCCGGCCGCGUGAUCACGCGCGCGGCGCACUUGCGGGUCGCAGACGCGGUGCGCGUACUGCUCCGCCCCGAGGAACAAUACCACCAACGACCCGGCAGCAGGAACGAGCCGACCUGGCUGAAGCUCAACCAGCCGGUCACCGUUGCCCCGGAGCAGAACGGUUUAUUUGGGCCGGGGACAGCACGUCGUGGGCGCGGCGCUGGUGAGGACACGUCUGCUGAUGGUGCAGUAGUAUUUGGUUCGCGCACGACGGCACGAGCUCAGCCGCAAGUAGCAUCCGGGGCGCCAAUGAGAGGACUCUCAUCUCCGCCUCUCUUUGCACCGCCGGCAGCCGCAGCAGAGUACGGGCCAGUGGUGCUGUACCCAGUCGUAGCCGAUGUCGAGGAAGAGGAUCCGACGACGGGAGAACGAAUGGUGCUACCGCGGCCGGUGGAGGCGGCCGAGGGCGGCUACAUCUACACAGUGACCACCUACCAGAAUCUGCAACUCCUUUUGUCUCAACGGUGUGACGCCGGCAGUAGCUGCUACAGCAUGCAAACGCAUUAUCUGAUGUACCUCCUGGCCUCCCACGCCCUCGCCAACGGCGGGCAGGAAGAACUGAGCGACUAUCACCUCCUGGUGCGGUGCAGGCUCAUGCAGUUUUUUCAAGGCCAAGGAAUGCUGCCGUGGCGCGCGUUUGGUGGUCCCGCUCCGCCAGGAUAAACGUGUAGGGACUACUAGGCACUACUGCUCUUCUGAGGCGUUACGUCGUCCACUGUUGAUACAUGUAAAUGUUUAGGGAAGCGACCCUCUUAUGAUAGAUCUUCACGACGUAGGCCGAAUACUAGCGAUAUCGCUUAGACUGAGAUAUGUCAAGAAAAGCAGCGCUGUGCCACGAAAUGUUUUGAAUGGCAGAUACGAUAAAUUCGUAGAUGCAGACGCAGAUUCAUUCACUAGAAAACAUUUUUAGCAGCUGCCGGAGUCGUUUCCGUUGCAGUAGAAACUUUUGACUUUCAGUUAUCGACUUAUCACUUGCCGGAGACGCGAGGAUGACGAUGAACUACAACAUUUUGAUAAUCUGGGUCGCAGAAAAUGUCUACUAAUACGAGAGAAUGUCUAGCAAAAUCUGUAUGAUCUGUACCUGUACAAUUUUUGAUAUAGGGGCGACGUCAAUUGCGGUGUAGGUAUACCGCGGAGCAAUACAGAUGAUGAAGCUUUGCCCACAGACAUCAACAUCUUUCUACUCACUGCCAAGGAGCUGCGUGUGCCCCUGGAGGUAGUGGUCAUCCUGUUUUUAAGGCUAUCGAAGAUAUUUGUUCGCUAAAGGCUACCAGUUGAUAGUUGGUUAUUGUUUUCUUCUUGCGUAAAUGCAACUUUUUCACCAGUGUCUUCCCGUUUCUAAUGUAGGUCAGAGGCGCAUGCAUGCACUUGCAUUCCCAGACCGUUUUAAGACUUUCGCGUGGUUGAGGCUCCAUUUGUUUCUGUGAAAACGAAACUGUACGUACUACUUUCGUUGUCUGCCUUGGAAAACAUACAAAACCAAUACAGUAAAAUCACGUCUCUGCGAAAAAUGCAAACUGAUUUUUCCCUUUCCGCGACCUUGGCGAGGUUCAAUAGGAAUCUUCUGUGACUUAC